AUGUUUUUUUUUGAAGCUAGCCCAUCUAUGGAAAGAGAAUAUGAUUUCAUCAUUUAUGGUGCAUCUGGAUAUGCAGCAAGGUACAUAAUAGAGGCUUUCAAAGCGGAGAAUGUUAGACUAGCAUUGGCUGCAAGGAAUAUAAGCAAGAUCAAGGACAAGGCAUUUCCAGUUUAUGAGUGCGAAAUAGAUGGUAUUGAUAAAAUUGCAUCCAUGACAAAGAUAUUAAUAAACUGUGUUGGACCUUACUCUCGUUACGGCGAGAGUAUUGUCAAAUCAUGCAUAAGGAAUGGCACUCAUUACAUGGAUAUAUCUGGAGAAGUGUAUUUCUUCGAACUUAUCAUCAACAAGUAUCAUGAUGAAGCAGCCAGAAAGGGUGUUUACAUCAUUAACUGUUGUGGGUUUGAAUCCGUUCCUUCUGACAUCGGGGUUAUGUAUCUUCGGGAUAUGUUUGAUGAUGCGGAAAUCGAAAGCGUUCUCAAGAUUAGUAAUGUUGUUGUGAACGAGACCACCUGGGAGUCACUGCUCGCGUCUGUUGCAAAUUUCAAGGAGAUGAAAGCUCUUAGAGAGAAGAGAUACGGACAAGGGAAGAAGAGACGAUCCCAACGGAUUGUAAGGGAAAGCUCUUAUCAGGUGAUCUUUAGAGGAAUAGACUACUCCAUUGUAAGAAGAAGCCAGGAGCUCCUAGAGUCUGUGGGACUUCACGGUGCGAAAUAUGCUGCAUAUCUAGAUGUGGGAGGAAGAGUUGGAAUGAUAAAGUAUUGGAUCUUUCUUUGGAUUGUCUGGUUCUUCUCUGGAUUUGCGCUUGGGAAGCGGAUCAUCAUGAACCUAAGCAAGCUCUUUGCCUUUGGAUUCAUCAAGAGUAACCCAAGCUUUGAGGAAAUAAGAAAUUCAAGCUUUACAAUUGAAAUAAGAGCCAGAGGGGAAAAGAACAAUGAGAUAGUUGGGAAAUGCUUGAUCAUAUCUGGCCCCGAUCCCGCUUACAUAAUGACUUCUAUAUGUUUGACACAGACAGCGGUUGUAUUUCUGAGAUCCCUCAACCAGAGAGUAAGAGGGACUGGGGUGACUCUUUUCAGAGGAGGCGUUAUUACACCUGCCUGUGUGCUUUACAAUACAGACAUCAUCCAGAAGCUAUCGUCAAAGGGAAUAAAAUUUGAGGUUAAGGAGAAUUGA